UCUUCUCCACUUCUACAGCCAACCCCUAGGAGCUCCGCUCUCCUGGGCCUCUGCCCUUCCUAGCAGGCAGCCGGGGAGAAGAUCUCGGGGAGCCCUGAAACCACCCACUCGCAGUAGUUGAGAGCGGCUCUGCAGUCCGACCAUAGCUGACAAUUUACUGGCUCAUCAAUGAAACAAUAUUAAAUUAUGAAGAUGUAAGGAAAAAAUCCUACGCUAACAUUGUUGCAGUUCGAAAGGCUUCUCUGCAGAAUGUCAAACAAAGAUCGACACAUUGAUUCCAGCUGUUCGUCCUUCAUCAAGACGGAACCCUCCAGCCCGGCCUCCCUGACGGACAGCGUCAACCACCACAGCCCAGGUGGCUCUUCGGACGCCAGUGGGAGCUACAGCUCAACCAUGAAUGGCCACCAGAACGGACUUGACUCGCCACCUCUCUACCCUUCUGCGCCUAUCCUGGGAGGUAGUGGGCCUGUCAGGAAACUGUAUGAUGACUGCUCCAGCACCAUUGUUGAGGAUCCCCAGACCAAGUGUGAAUACAUGCUCAACUCGAUGCCCAAGAGGCUGUGUUUGGUGUGUGGCGACAUCGCUUCUGGGUACCACUAUGGGGUAGCAUCCUGCGAAGCCUGCAAGGCAUUCUUCAAGAGGACGAUUCAAGGUAAUAUAGAGUAUAGCUGCCCUGCCACGAAUGAAUGUGAAAUCACAAAGCGCAGACGUAAAUCCUGCCAGGCUUGCCGCUUCAUGAAGUGUUUAAAAGUGGGCAUGCUGAAAGAAGGGGUGCGUCUUGACAGAGUACGUGGAGGUCGGCAGAAGUACAAGCGCAGAAUAGAUGCGGAGAACAGCCCCUACCUGAACCCUCAGCUGGUUCAGCCAGCCAAAAAGCCAUAUAACAAGAUUGUCUCACAUUUGUUGGUGGCCGAACCGGAGAAGAUCUAUGCCAUGCCUGACCCUACUGUCCCCGACAGUGACAUCAAAGCUCUCACUACCCUGUGUGACUUGGCUGACCGCGAGUUGGUGGUUAUCAUUGGAUGGGCGAAGCAUAUUCCAGGCUUCUCCACACUGUCCCUGGCGGACCAGAUGAGCCUUCUGCAGAGUGCGUGGAUGGAAAUUUUGAUCCUUGGUGUCGUAUACCGAUCCCUUUCAUUUGAGGAUGAACUUGUCUAUGCAGAUGAUUAUAUAAUGGAUGAAGACCAGUCCAAAUUAGCAGGCCUUCUUGACCUAAAUAAUGCUAUCCUGCAGCUGGUAAAGAAAUACAAGAGCAUGAAGCUGGAGAAAGAAGAAUUUGUCACCCUCAAAGCGAUAGCUCUUGCUAAUUCAGACUCCAUGCACAUAGAAGAUGUGGAAGCUGUUCAGAAGCUUCAGGACGUCUUACACGAGGCGCUGCAGGAUUACGAGGCUGGCCAGCACAUGGAAGACCCGCGCAGGGCCGGCAAGAUGCUGAUGACGCUGCCCCUGCUGAGGCAGACCUCCACCAAGGCUGUGCAGCACUUCUACAACAUCAAACUAGAAGGCAAAGUCCCCAUGCACAAACUUUUUUUGGAAAUGCUGGAGGCCAAGGUCUGACUAAAAGCUUCCUGGGCCUUCCUGUCCUGCACGCCGAAAAAGGGAAACUAAACCCCAGAGUGAAGUCGAAGAAACUUAGAGUUUAGUUAUCAACAUCAAAAAUCAACGGACUGCACUGAUCAUUUAGCAGCAAGACUAUGAAGCAGCUUUCAGAUUCCUCUGUAUCUUCCUGAUGAGUUUCUUUCUCCCUUUUCUCACCUUCCUUCUCCCUUCCUUCC